AUGGCAGAAGUGAAACGUGUGACUGUGCGUGUUUCGGCUCGUGACGCUGGGACUGGCCGUGUUGCAGGCGUGCCGUGCGCGCUGCUGGCGGCGGUGGGGCAGCCGCGCAACCUGCGCGCCUGCCUGUCGACGCUGUCGCUGCUGCUGGCGCUGUGCACCUCCUCCAUCCUCAGCCUGGUGGCCGUCUCGCUCGACCGCUACUGGGCCAUCCUGCACCCGCUCGUCUACUCCAGGCACAUGCGCACGCGCACAUCGCUCAGUAUAAUCUGCGCGUGCUGGGCGGCUGGCCUGGUGGUGGGUCUGCUGCCGGUGCUGGGGUGGCACCAGGGCGCCGGGCAGGACGCGCGCUGCGUCUUCGACGAGAUCAUGGACCACGGCUACCUCGUCUUCGUCUACUUCGCCACCAUCGUGGCGCCCGUGCUGCUGCUCGCCUUCUUCUACGCGCACAUCUACCAGGUCGUCCGUAAGCAGCAGGUGCGGCAGGCGGCGCUGUCGGCGGCGCAGCAGCAGCAGCGGCGGCAGCAGCAGCGCGACGUGCGCACGGCGCAGCAGCUGGCCGUCAUCGUGGCGUUCUUCGCGCUGUGCUGGCUGCCGCUGUACACGCUCAACUGCGUGCAGGCGUUCCGGCCGUCGUGGCGGCCGCCCAGCGCCGCACUCAACGCCUGCAUCGUGCUGUCGCACCUCAACUCGGCGGGCAACCCGCUGCUCUACGCCUACCACCUGCGCGACUUCCGCGCCGCCUUCCGGAGCCUCCUGUUGCCCGCCGUACAGAUUAUCAAGCUCCCUAAGCUGAUGUUAGGUAUUUUGCAGACAGCAGAGAUGGACGAUGAUGAUGAUGAUGAUGUUGGAUUUAAGGUGGUCAACAGCGUAUUCAUCGGCACACUUGUUGGAUAUGAACAUACAUGUCUCGUGUUGCGCGUGCCAGCAGGCGGUGCCGCGGCUGUCCCCCCUGGGGGCGGCGUGCCGCCGCGCGCGCACGCUGGCCUCUGCCGCCGCCGCCGCCCCCCACGCGGCCACCGCCGCCGCUGCCGCCUCCGCCGCCUUCACCGCCUGCGCCGCCCCCGGGCCCGGCGCCGCCAGCCACCUGCUGCUGCGACACCUCCGCUGCAGUCCCCAGAAGCUGCAGCCGACGCGGCGCCCUACGGAAAUUCUAGCGGUUGCAGUGGCCGCCCCAAAUGGCCACAACUCGCAGCAUUGCACUGGGAGCCCUCAGGAGCUGUGCCGCAUUGGAAGGCAGGCGUGUUAGCUGCAGCAGCCUGCCGCACAGGCCACUGUCCACCACCCACGGUCGAGCGCAACCCAGCUGCUGCACUCCUGCUGUCCUCGGGCCACCGCAAUGAGGUGGCUACGAGAGAGAUACCUCAGCUGCUAGUGCCUACUAACAGCACUUACAUCCUGUGCAAAGCUGUGAACACCACAGACGCUGCUCAGGCAGACUGCACAGUAAUUGGUGCUGAAAUUACCCGAGUCCCCUAUUAUGACAUUGUGCAAUGUGACACCAGUGAAGGCCAUCCACAGAAACAUUCUUACGAAUCCAAUAUAGCCUUCAGGAAAGUUCUGUGUAAAGUUGGGGUCAAAAGCAUCAUUGCUGAUAAUCUGAGGUGACAAGUCGCUUUUCAGGAAUGUACCACAGCCUCCAUGGUUUCUACUCCCCAAUUUCAUUCUCUAGAGGAUAAAUUUUGAUCAUCAUUAUGAUGACCCCAAGCAGAGAGUUGUUAUCUAGGCAGAUACCUGACACCAAGUGACUGCUUUACAACUUGCAACAUUAAAGAGGCACUUCAAGUGGAACUUAUCAGAGACUUGUCUCAAUAAGCUGUGAGCUCCUCACCCUGUUCCAGUGCACUUAGAAAAUGUUAAUGGCAGAACCAUUGCCCAAAUAUCAAGAAACACAAAUGUGGCUGACAGCUUUCAUAUACUUAGUCACAAUUUGGCACUGAACUCCCACACCAUACAGCAACUCUAGACAUUACAAAGCAGUCAGCAGAAUUUAUUAGUAUAUCUGUGAAACAUAAGACAAUUAAUAGGAAAGAAAGUAUAAAAUGUAUCCUAGUUCUAUUGCCAAAAUACAGAAAAAGUCAUAUAGUUUUAAAUAAAAUAUGUUAUACAUGUUCAGUGCAUCCAUCCUUGAAUGUGCAGCAGACAUCUGCAUGGAAAUCCAUUUCAUUCCAGUCAUGUCCAAUUAUAGCAAUGUCAGUGUGAUAAUCAGCUGUGGUGAUAAGGUUGCAAAUACCAUGGAAAUUUGUGGGCUAUGGCAGUAGAAAUAUGGUGUCCUUCAGGAAUCAACUGAGGAAGAAGUCACAAGGGUUUCAGCCCUACAUUACUGUUUCUCCACUGUGCCCAUCUACCUCUGUUGCAGUAAGCCAGUACCUGUCAUGUUAGAAGAUGUAGCCAUUACUAUCUUCAUUCAGCUAUGGCAUUAGUCAGUACCCAAACUUAUCCAAAUGAAUCACUAUAUACUGACAGGCAUAUGAAUGAAUAAUGGUCUGUAGAUCUUUUUUUGAAUGACACAUGAAAUAUAAAUCCUGAGUAACUUUUCCACAUAAGCAUUUUUGUCUCUUAGAUGCCCAUAUUCCAACAAUUUACCUUCCCAGACAGAUAGCAUGUUGGUUGUUCUUAAAUACAACUAUAUCCCAAAAUUCAGUUACAAACCACGCACACAUUUGAAUUGCAGGAAUUCAGAUGCACAAUUUUCAUCUUUUUUGCAGCACCAUACAUUUGCCAGUUUUCUACUCAAAAUUCACAUUAAGAUGGCUGCCACACAUCAAGCUCAAAACAAGGAGCUGUGGAGGGUAGGCUGGUAAAUUUAUCUUUUACACUAUAUCACUUCCUAGCUUACUCCUGUACAUAUCACAAAAACUUGCACACACCUUAGAAUAUCAUGCAACACUUUUUUUAUACUUUUUUAUACUACAUUUUAGAAGUCUGUUCAAAUCAGCUCAAUGCAGUCAUUACAGAUGAAGUUCCCUCAUAUACCAGAACAAAAAAUGCUUUCUAGUUCUUAUUGAAACCACAUUUGAUAUUGAUGUACCUAGUUCAAAGUGUGGCAGCUUAGCUCACCUCCCAACAUUUCUGAACCAUUUUGCAAUUUUCAAUGACUGUGUUCUUUUGUGUGCCAUUACUAGUGGUAAGUUGCAAGUGGAAAUUGAUUUUCUCUUGUGAUUGCAAUAUAGAGAAACUAGCAGAAAGUCAGUGUGUUUAAGAUUCAUGUGGACCACUUAAAUGAAAGAUCAUUGCACACAUUCACCCACAUCUGGAACAUAACUUUAACUUGCCAAAACAUUCACAUCAUUUUAGUAGACAGCACAAAAUCAAAUAAUUUUGAUGGUACAAUACUGCACUCAGCAAUGUCACUAGAGACCAUGUAUUUAAAAAAAAAAAAAAAAUGGCAUUGGUUCCCAAACUUCUUUUCUCCUCUCUCUACCUGUCUGUCCUGUGUAAAUAUAACAACUGCAAACAAUAUCCACCUGAACCUAUUUACUGAAUUGUAACCUUGCUCUCUGCCUAUAAUUUUUGUACUCCCCUCCUCCUUUUCCCCCCACCACCACCCAAUUAUCAGGUCAACUUAUCAAGAUGCAUCCUAUGAACUGAUUGACAACCCCCCCUCCCUAUUAGUCAAUCUGUGCCGCAAAGUACUUUGCUCUCCAGUUCAAUUCACUAUGUGUUCAUUAGCAUACUUCUGUAUCACCUCAUUCCCCAAGUUUCUCUUCUCUUCCUGUCUACACUGCUUAUUGUCCGCUUUUCACUUGAAUUGUGUCUACAAUCCAAUUAGUACUUUCAGGAUAAAACUCUGUGACCAGUGUGUAUAUGUCACUAAGUUAUUUUUCAGAUAUUGUCUUUACUUCUGCUAUCGCUAGUUCUUUGUUUCCCUAAGUAGCAAAAUUAAUAUGCUACUUUAAGUCUCUCACUUUCCAAUUCACUCAACUUCAACUGCAUUAAUUCAACUACUCUCUCUUAUCUUUAUCUUACUUUUGGUGACAUCCAUCUUACAACCUUGUUUCAAGAUGCUAUCUUCUCCAUACAGCUGCUCUUCCAAAUUCUUUACUGCCUUUCAUGGAAAUACCAAGUCACAGACAAACCUCAUAGUUGUUAUUUCUUCUCCCUGAAAUUUAAUACUUUGACCAAAUUCUUCUUAAUUUCCUUUACUCAAAGUACAGUCUGAAUAACACUGGGGAUGAGAUAGAACCCUGUCUGACACCCUCCUCAAAUGCUGCCUCCUUUCUGUGUGCUUUGAUUCUUAUAACUGCAAUCUCAUUUCUAUAUAUGUUAUAGAUAACAUUUUUUUUUCAAAGAAUGUAUUCUACUCAGAAUUGUCAAAAACAUUUUCUAAACUUACAAAUGCUAUAAUGGUGGUUUGUCUUCUAUUGUUGUUGUGGUCUUCAGUCCUGAGACUGGUUUGAUGCAGCUCUCCAUGCUACUCUAUCCUGUGCAAGCUGCUUCAUCUCCCAGUACCUACUGCAACCUACAUCCUUCUGAAUCUGCUUGGUGUAUUCAUCUCUUGGUCUCCUUCUACGAUUUUUACCCUCCACGCUGCCCUCCAAUACUAAAUUGGUGAUCCCUUGAUGCCUCAGAACAUGUCCUACCAACCGAUCCCUUCCUCUGGUCAAGUUGUGCCACAAACUUCUCUUCUCCCCAAUCCUAUUCAAUGCCUCCUCAUUAGUUACGUAAUCUACCUAUCUAAUCUUCAGCAUUCUUCUGUAGCACCACAUUUCGAAAGCUUCUAUUCUCUUCUUGUCCAAACUAUUUAUCGUCCAUGUUUCACUUCCAUACAUGGCUACACUCCAUACAAAUACUUUCAGAAACGACUUCCUGAUACAUAAAUCUACGUUCAAUGUUAACAAAUUUCUCUUCUUCAGAAACGCUUUCCUUGCCAUUGCCAGUCUACAUUUUAUAUCCUCUCUACUUCGACCAUCAUCAGUUAUUUUACUUCCUAAAUAGCAAAACUCCCUUACUACUUUAAGUGUUUCAUUUCCUAAUCUAAUUUCCUCAUCAUCACCCGAUUUAAUUUGACUACAUUCCAUUAUCCUCGUUUUGCUUUUGUUGAUGUUCAUCUUAUAUCCUCUUUUCAAGACACUGUCCAUUCCAUUCAACUGCUCUUCCAAGUCCUUUGCCGUCUCUGACAGAAUUACAAUGUCAUCGGUGAACCUCAAAGUUUUUACUUCUUCUCCAUGAAUUUUAAUACCUACUCCAAAUUUUUCUUUUGUUUCCUUUACUGCUUGCUCAAUAUACAGAUUGAAUAACAUCGGGGAGAGGCUACAACCCUAUCUCACUCCUUUCCCAACCACUGCUUCCCUUUCGUGCCCUUCGACUCUAAUAACUGCCAUCUGGUUUCUGUACAAAUUGUAAAUAGCCUUUCACUCCCUGUAUUUUACCCCUGCCACCUUCAAUUAGCUUAUCUUUUAAGAUGAGACAUAGGGCAAUGUUGCCUCACAUGUUCCUUCAUUUCUCCAUAGCUGAAAUUGAUCUUACCCUAAGUCAGCUUGUACCAAUCUUUCCAUACUCCUGUAGGUAACCGAUGUUAGCAUUUAAUAUGCAUUACCUAAUCGACUGAUGGUUCAUUUAAUACUCACACUUGUCAGCUCAGGGAACCUGUCAUAAACAAGUCUCUUUCAUCACAAAUCUAUCCACACCUCUAAGAGAAAGUCCAUUGUUGCUGUAAUUUUCAUGGAAACUCCAAGAAAAUUAUUUUUACAUUAUUUCAUCCGUUUUAUGACCUGAUUUUUAUCUAUUUUUAUCUAUUUUAAAUAUAAUCUUUACUUCAUUUCCAGGACCUACUGUAAGUUAAUGUGGAAUUUUUAGUUUACUUGAAACCUCUGGCACACAUUAAAUUUUAGGAAGAAAUUGGUUGUGCAGGGCCAUUUACAGUCACACUUAUUCUACUGAACGAUUCUGACAGAAGAACAAAGUGUGUGGAACUUAGACCCAACAGUAUUGAUUGUAUAGGUAAUAAACUGUGCUAGUUAGAGGAUAUCUGGGUGUCUACAGCUCCAGAAUGAUUGAUCUGGUGACUUUUGUCAUUUCAAGACAAUGUUGUGUAUGUUGCAUCUGAAAGUUGUGAUUCCAAGAGCAUUGGGACUGAUCAUUAAGAGGCUAGAGAGUAGGAUUUUGUACAAUUUGACAGUUCACUAAAAAGUGGCCCAUGUCAUUAGAAAAUCAAGUAUUCCACAGAAUAAUGAUAAGAUACAGUUGAAAUCUAUAAUUUUUAUAUUGCACCCAUGUAAAUAGGACAUUCAUAUGUUGGUGACACAAAUUUAAUAGUACCAGUAUGUCUACAAAAGAAAUUUUAAAAGUAACAUGCAACAAACAUUUUUCCCAUAAAUGCACAGAAAAGUGAGAGGUUAUUUUUAACACUGGAAACACAUUUUUUGACUGAAUAGUUAGUUUUUCAUACGCUGCUAACAAUUCAGUUGAAUUAUUAAUUUGUAUGGUGGUGAAGUACUGUUCACAUUACAAGCAUUCAUUCCUCAACUAAGUGAAGAAUGGUCCUCAGCAAUCUUCUGUAUGGACAAUAGUCACACAUUUGUUUAAAUAAUGGCAUCCACCGAAUCAUGGACAACAACAACUCUACUUGACAGUGUAAUAUGUACCUAGUUUAUAAAUAUCAUUUUUCAUUAUUGGAAAAGAAAUCCAUUGUCUUGUAUUCAUGCAAAAUUUCUGUGCAGACAUCAUUAUGAUGUUGCAAGGACUUUUCAAAAUACUUUCAUAAAUGUUUCUAUCUCAUUUUUCCUUCCAAUUUGUUUCUUCAUUAAUUUUAUUUUCAUACUGUAUAGCAUCCUUAGGAUCAAUGGACAUGUAGUUUAUUGUCUACAGUCUGUUACUCUCUUAGCCCUUUUCAUUCUUCAAAUUUUCUUUGUGUCAACAGUUUAAUCUCAUCACUGGAAACCCUUUCAGGAGCUUCAGAACUGAAGACUGUUGACUCACACAAGAUGGGCUCACUGAAAAUUGAUCCUAAUAUGAGGAGCAAAAGGCAUUUGAGGAAUGACACAAACAGUUUUGAAGAUUUUUUUUGUUAUACAACAACAGUCACCAAAGGCUACAAAACAUAGACAUUGUCCUCCUAGCAAUUUCUGAUCACACCCCAUCCCAUUUUUCUGCUAUCCUUUCCUGUAUUUUAUAUACUGUAUUAUAAUGAUCAUGGUUAGCGGUAUGAACAUGUCUAAGAGAAAACUUUGUCAUUCAAACCAACCGUCAGACUGAUUACUGCUACAUUUUACUCUCAUUCCUCUAAGGAAAAUUUGGUGCAUUUCAUGAGGCUGUAAGUUAAUGGAAUAAAUUGGUCAGGUUAAAUAAACAAUGCUUAGAUAGGGACAGCCACUGGAGUCAAUAAAAAAAGGAAAUCUGUGGGUGAUAUUGGCUACUUUUCCAUCAGACCCCUUAUUUGAUGUUAUGUAUAACCUGCAGAGCUGCCUGUAGUGAUGCCUCUUUCCUAAAAUAAAACUUUAUGAUACAUCACAUACUUUUGCCAACAUGAAAAAGCAGCUCAAUUUAGGUCCUCUGCUGACUGAGAAAUUAUUUAGCACUAUAACAAUGGAGACACAUCAGUUUGUAUGAUAGGGAACAGUAGGACUAUGUUAUGAUGAGAACUGUCUUUACUUAUUGUCCUGUUUUCUGACACAAGCUUUGAAUUUCAUGGAUGAAACUGUUUCUUUAAUGUGAUCUGAAUACGCUUAUACUCUGGAUUUUGUUAACGUCUUUUUUAUGUAUUUGUGUGUAUGAUUUUGUACAGUGUAUGUAAUGCCUAAAUAAAAGAUGUUU